AUGUUGGUCAAGUCGGCUACUGCGCUCUUGGCCAUUGGCCUCGCACCUUUGCUAGCCUCUGCUCAAUUCUCUAUUACCGGUGCUCCUGUGGCCGCCAAUGGCAAUGUUCCUCUGAGGAGGAAUGUGAAUGACUUGUACUCCGAAGGAGGUCCCCAAUGGGAUCUCUACAUCCAGGCGCUCGCUUCACUCCAGUCGAUGAACGCAUCCGACCCUCUUGGCUACUUCCAGGUCUCUGGCAUUCAUGGCUUACCAUUUAUCGAAUGGAACCGUGGAGGGGCACGCAACAAUAACGGCUGGGGAGGGUAUUGCCCUCACGGUGAAGCUCUCUUUCUGCCCUGGCACCGCCCAUUCGUCUUGCUUUUCGAACAGCUCCUGGUCGAGCACGCUGCUGGAAUUGCUUCCCAAUACCCUGCAAGAUACCGUGACCAAUAUGUGGCGGCGGCAAAUAACCUUCGCUCACCAUAUUGGGACUGGUCUUCUGAUUCCAACGUUCCGCCCUGCACUGUGCCGGAAAGAGUAUUUGUCAACGUUCCAAACGGCCAGAACCUGGGGCGUAUUGAGAUCAAGAACCCAUUAUCAACGUAUAACUACCCAAGAGAAGCUCUAGACGGCCAAUUUGGAUAUUUUACUCAAUCACGCCAGAUGGUGAGGUGUCCUGCCCCGGAACGAUACCCUGACACGGCAAGUCAAGAACUGCAAGACUACAGACUGAAGCAGGCUACCUACGAUGUAUUCAGCACCGCGAAUAACUUUUACCAGUUUGCCGUCAGGGGCAGAGUACAUCAUCUCGAAGAGUUGCACAACGAUGUUCAUUACUCGGCCGCCUGCAGGGGCGACUUCUUCGAUGCUUCUCUGAGCGGUUUCGAGCCCUUGUUCAUGCUUCACCACACUCAAGUUGAUCGCCUCUGGGCCUACUGGCAAUUCAUCAAUCCCUCCCAGGCGAGUUUCAGCGGCAGGUACAGAGGCCAAUCGCGUUUCUCAACUCCAGAGGGGACCAUAAUCGACCAGAACUCACCUCUACAGCCAUUUUUUGACAGCAAACGCAAAUACUACACUCCAAAGUCAGUCUCUAGCAUCAAGGGAAUGGGGUAUACAUACGAGGGACUCGAGCAUUGGCGCAAGUCUCCGGCGCAGCUCCGACAAGAUUCCGUGCAGAUUAUCAACUCCCUCUAUGCACCAGCUUCGGCCUUUGCCAAGCGCGGUGGCCCACAAACCAAGACUCGGCAUUUCGCUCAUGUCGAGCUUGACAGAGCCCAGGUUGAGCGUCCUUGCUCCAUCAAAGUCUUCGUUGGUGGGAAGCAAGCCAGCACCAUUCCUGUUAUGCUCUUUCCGGCCAACGGAAACUUGCGUAGCAGUCUGGCUAUUGACAAGUUUCUUACCAAGGGGUCCUCGUCGAACGGGACCCUAGAAUCCAUCGAACACCUUAUUCAGGUAGAGAUUAGCAAGUCCGAUGGGACUGUGAUUCCUCUGGAUAAGGUCGACAGCCUUAAUAUUACGCUUGAACAAGCUUCCAUUACUCCUGCGGCGUCGCGCAACGAGUUUCCUAAAAUCACUGACGCGAAGGAACACGCUGCCAAGAUCCAGGCUUACUCAAAGAGCUGA